CCCCCUCCCCGCGGCUCCCGCUCUGUUUCCCCUGCCGGGCCGGCCGUCCCCCUCCCCGGCCGGUCCAUGAGCCGCGAGCGCGCAGGCAGAGGCUGAAGGCACCAUGUCCUAUGCCCCCUUCCGAGAUGUGCGAGGAGCCCCUAUGCACCGUGCCCAGUACAUGCACUCCCCUUACGACCGGCCCUGGAACCCCCGAUUCUGCAUCAUCUCCGGAAACCAGCUGCUGAUGCUGGAUGAGGAAGAGAUCCACCCCCUGCUCCUCCGAGAACGCCAGCGGGAUCCCGCUCGGAACAAGCUCCUGCGCCGGACCGUCAGCGUCCCUGUGGAAGGGAGACCCCACCCAGAGCACGAGCACCACGCUGCCCGUUCCCGUCGGAAGAGCGUCCCUGGAGGGAAGCAGUACAGCAUCAACAUGGACGCCCCACCCGCUCCGCCCUUCCGGCCCUCGCAGCAGGGAUUCCUCAGCCGGCGCCUGAAGAGCUCCAUCAAGCGCACCAAGAGCCAGCCCAAGCUGGACCGCACCAGCAGCUUCCGCCAGAUGCUGCCCCGCUUCCGCAGCGCCGACCAUGACAGGGCCCGCCUCAUGCAGAGCUUCAAGGAGUCCCACUCCCACGAGUCCCUGCUCAGCCCCAGCAGCGCCGCCGAGGCCCUGGAGCUCAACCUGGACGAGGACUCCAUCAUCAAGCCCGUCCACAGCAGCAUCCUGGGCCAGGAGUUCUGCUUUGAGGUCACCACGUCUUCGGGCACCAAGUGCUUUGCUUGCCGGUCGGCCGCUGAGCGGGACAAGUGGAUCGAGAACCUGCAGAGGGCCGUCAAGCCCAACAAGGACAACAGCCGCCGCGUGGACAAUGUCCUGAAGCUGUGGAUCAUCGAGGCGCGGGACCUGCCCCCCAAGAAGCGCUACUACUGCGAGCUGUGCCUAGACGACAUGCUGUAUGCGCGGACCACCAGCAAGGUGCGGACAGACAAUGUCUUCUGGGGGGAGCACUUUGAGUUCAACAACCUGCCGGCGGUGCGGACCAUCCGGCUGCACCUCUACAAGGACACGGACAAGAAGCGGAAGAAGGACAAGAGCAAUUACGUGGGCAUGGUCAGCAUCCCCAUCGCCAGCGUGACGGGGAGGCACUUUGCCGAGCAGUGGUACCCGCUCAGCCAGCCCAGCGCCAGCAAGAGCAAGUCCGGCUGCUGCCCGGCCAUCCGCGUCAAGAGCCGCUUCCAGACCAUGAGCAUCCUCCCCAUGGAGCUCUACAAGGAGUUUGCCGAGUACGUCACCAACAACUACCGCAUGCUCUGCGCCGUCCUGGAGCCCGUCCUCAGCGUCAAGAGCAAGGAGGAGGUGGCCUGCGCACUGGUCCACAUUCUCCAGAGCACCGGGAAGGCCAAGGACUUCCUGUCCGACAUGGCCAUGACGGAGGUGGACCGCUUCAUGGACCGGGAGCACCUCAUCUUCCGGGAGAACACGCUGGCCACCAAAGCCAUAGAGGAGUAUCUCAAGCUGAUUGGACAAAAAUACCUCAAAGAUGCGAUUGGCGAGUUCAUCCGGGCCCUGUAUGAGUCGGAGGAGAACUGUGAGGUGGACCCCAUGAAGUGCUCAGCCUCCACCUUGGCAGACCACCAAGCCAACCUGCGCAUGUGCUGCGAGCUGGCACUUUGCAAGGUCGUCAACUCUCAUUGUGUGUUCCCGCGGGAGCUGAAGGAGGUCUUUGCAUCGUGGAGGCUGCGCUGCGCCGAGCGGGGAAGGGAGGACAUUGCCGACCGUCUGAUCAGCGCCUCCCUCUUCCUGCGCUUCCUGUGCCCAGCCGUCAUGUCCCCCAGCCUCUUUGGUCUCAUGCAGGAGUACCCAGACGAGCAGACCUCCCGCACCCUCACCCUCAUCGCCAAGGUCAUCCAGAACCUGGCCAACUUCUCCAAGUUUGGGAGCAAAGAGGAGUACAUGGCCUUCAUGAACGAGUUCCUGGAGCUGGAGUGGUCCAGCAUGCAGCAGUUCCUGUACGAGAUCUCCAACCUGGACACCCUCACCAACAGCAGCAGCUUCGAGGGCUACAUUGACCUGGGCCGGGAGCUCUCCACCCUCCACGCCCUCCUCUGGGAGGUCAUGCCUCAGCUCAGCAAGGAAGCCCUCAUCAAGCUGGGCCCCCUGCCCCGCCUCCUCAACGACAUCAGUCUCGCUCUCAGGAACCCCCACAUCCAGCGCCAGCCCAGCCACCAGGGGGAGCGACUCCAGGCCAAGCCCGUCAUCCUCCGGGGACCCUCCACCGACAUACAGUCCACCUACAUGAUGCGGGACCUCAACAGCUCUGUCGACAUGCAGCCUUACAUGAUGCGAGGCAUGAACAGCUCCAUGGACAUGACCCGCCUGCCAUCGCCCACCAAGGGCGAGAAGGGGGGCUCCAAGGACAUGUUCUUUGUGGCCCGCCCCCCGCUGGCCCGCUCCUCCCCGGCCUACUGCACCAGCAGCUCUGACAUCACAGAGCCGGACCAGAAGGUGCUGAGCGUCAACAAGAGCGUCUCCAUGCUGGACCUCCAGGACAGCCGCAUGAACAGCAUCUCCAACCUCCACAGCGCGGGAGACAUGCUCAACAGCAGCCAGGCCUCCAUCACAGCCGGGCUGGGCCUGCGCCACAGCCGCCUCUCGCAGGGCAGCGGCUCCAGCAUCGCCGCCGGCCUGCGCCUCAGCCAGAUGGGGGUCACCGCCGACGGGGGCGGCGGGGGCACCUCCUCCUCGGCGGCCCAGCAGCUCAGGAUCCCCCUCUCCUUCCAGAAUCCCCUCUUCCACAUGGCCUCCGACGGGCCGGCUGGCGGCCCCCUCCACAGCCACGCCCACCCGCACCGGCCAGCGGAGGGCAACCCGGACGCCUUCGCCCCCUUCCACGGCUACAGCAAAAGUGAAGACCUCUCGGCCAGCAAGCACAUCAUCCACAGCCACAGCUACAGCGACGAGUUCACGCGCCAGGGCUCCGAGUUCACCAAGCGCCAGCUCUCCUUGCAGGAGAACCUGCAGAACAUGCUCUCGCCCCCCCAGAUCACCAUCGGGCCUCAGCCCCAGCGCACAGCCCCUCCCCAGCCCCAGCCCCAGCUGCAGCGGGGCAAGUCUCAGCAGCUGACCGUCUCCUCUGCCCAGAAGCCCCGGCCCUCCAGCGGGAACCUCCUGCAGCCCGAGCCUACCUAUGGCCAGGCGCGCCCCCGCCAGCAGUCCAUCACCAAGGAGACCCCCUCCGCCCUCAAGCCAUCCAUCACCAAGCAGCAAUCACACACGCCUUCAACGCUGAACCCCGUCAUGCCGGCCUCCGAGAGGACAGUCGCCUGGGUGUCCAACAUGCCCCACCUCUCUGCGGACAUUGAGAGCUCCCACAUUGAGCGGGAGGAGUACAAGCUGAAGGAGUACUCCAAGUCCAUGGACGAGAGUCGGCUGGACCGGGUGAAAGAGUACGAGGAGGAGAUCCACUCCCUGAAGGAGCGGCUGCACAUGUCCAACCGGAAGCUGGAGGAGUACGAGCGGCGCCUGCUGACCCAGGAGGAGCAGACCAGCAAGAUCCUGCAGCAGUACCAGCAGCGGCUGGAGCAGAGCGAGAAGCGCCUCCGGCAGCAGCAGGUGGAGAAGGACUCCCAGAUCAAGAGCAUCAUUGGCAGCCUGUCCCUGCAGGUUGAUGCUGGUGGAGGAGGAGCUGCGCAGGGAUCACUCGGCCGCCCUCGACGCCUCCGAAACGCGGAAGCGGCUGCUCGACGCUCAGCUGUUCACCAGGUAACUCUGUAUGACUCAGCUUUUCUCACAUGGAGGGAUCGGGGGGACACCUGCCACUCAGUAGCCGACCAGGAGAGGCAGCUUUCCGCCGUGGGUGCAGCAAACCCGCGUCUGAGCGCCGCUAUGGGGCAGCCCUGGAACGGGAUCCACUCCGGGCAACCGCCUCCGCCCCCGCGACUCCAGAUCACGGAAAAUGGAGAGUUUCGCAACACCGUGUCUGAGCACUAGCGGCCGCCCCCUGCCUCCCCCCACCUCCCCGAGCCAGCAUGGGGUGGGUGGGGUGGGGCGGGGGUCCGGCCGGCCUGCCUCCGGGUGCAGGGAGGGGGCCAGGAGCAUUUUCAGGGUGUUUUAUAGCAGGACACAGACGACAAUCUUAACCCCCAUCACACCCUCUCUGACCCCCACCCCUGCCCCACAGAGCACCGCCUUCCCCUGCUCUGCCCCCAAACAGAGUGGGGGGUCCUCCCUCCCCCCAGGUAUUUCUCAGGAGUGGCAUCCCCUUCCUCCCCCCCCUGCUCCCCCCCCAUGGCAGCAUUGACCUUCCUCCCCCAGGCAGCAGCCUCAGCAAGGGGGGGAGGGCGCUGGUCCCUCUUGGGCCCCCCUCCCUGGGCUCCCCCUCUGCUGUUGGGGUGGGGGGCAGGAAGUUCGCCCGCAGGGGGGAGGCUGGUCCCGAUUCCCUUGCCACGCGCACUUGCCUCAGCCAGCUGUCAUGACGGGUGGGGGCCGCCCCCAAAACACAUGUCCCCACCUGCUCAUUCUCUUCUCCAGAGGGGCGGGGGAAGGGAAGGCUGGGCGGGAAGGGGAGGACCCCCCAGGCCCCGAAGCUCCGCACUGCCCAGUCCCCCCCCAGGCAAGGCUGUGCCUCCCCCUCCCCCCCAUUCUGCGCUCUCCAUCCUCUGAAAAAGGGCUUUGCCUGCUCUGUACAGUGACCCCCCCCCCCUUUGUUUCUGGAUAUUCUGGGUUCUUUAUUCUCUCUCUCUAUACAUAGCUCUCUUUUCCUCUGUGUUGUGGGGGGCAGCGCAGGGCAGGGCAAGGGGGGUUGACUCUCUUCUUCUUUCCUUUCCUCCCUGGUCUUGAGCCGCCCCCCUCCAGGCUCCCACCCCCCAUUUCCGACCGGGGGAGGGGGCUUGACAAACUCUCUUUCUCUGUCUCUCAAAGAAGCCAUUUUUGAACUGCCCAGCCAGCCCAAAGCGGGGCCCUUGAGAUGGGUGGGGACCCCCUGCCCCCCCACCAGAGAGAAGCAAAGGGGAUGGGGGCCAACCCCCCCCACUUGGCGUGGUGCUGCUGCUGCUCGCUCUCCCUGUCCGUCGCCCGCCUGCCCGUUGUGCUUUUGGUUCCUGAGCUGCAGCUGCUGCAGGGUGAGAAGUGUUCGGCACAAGAGUUCGUGGUUGUCGUGGCUGUUUUCUCCCCCCCCCUGCUGCGCAUCGCCCCGGACCCUCUCCCCCCAGUCCCGCUUUGAGCACCUGACCAUUUCCGCCCACUUUGACCCCCAUAUUUAUUUUGUAAGGACUCUCCUUCCCUCCCCGCUCUCUCCCUCUCACCCACCCACCCCUCUUUCUUUCUACCCCCCCCCCCGGACAAUGACGGUGGCUCAGGCGGGCACCGUAGAUAUUUAUACGUAUUAUUAUGAUGAUGAAUUAUUAUUAUUAUAAUAUAAAGAGAUUGUACAUAUGUGAAGUCCCCGCUGCCUGCUCCCCAUGGACUUGCCCCCCCCCCGGUGUAAUUACCGCGGGAUUUGUACUGUACAUAUGAAGAGCUGCUCCUUCUCUCUCUCUCUUUCUCUCUUUCUCUCUGCCUCCUUCCCCCCUCUCUCGAACUCAGAGCCUGUGUACAUAUUUCCUCCCUUUGGAAGGGGGUUCAGGUCACUCCGGCCUCCCCAGGCAUUUUCUCUCUUUCUCUCUCAAGCUCUCAAGUUUAUUUUAUGUCAAAUUUAUUUUUUUCUCAUUUUUUUCUGGAGUGUGUGGUGAAAACAGACGAAAAUGUUUAAUAAAAAGCAAUUGGUCUUUUA